AUGAACCAUGUGGAGAUGAUUCUUCUGAUUCGGAAGGUAACAGUAAAUAUACAUAGUACUAAAAAUACCAAGUCUAAUAAGUUUUCUACUCGCUACCGCAAAAAGGUGAGAAAAUCAGAUGAUCAAUCCAGCAAUGAAAUUGGAUGUACCAGUGUUGAGCAAAAUGUUCCUCUUGAAGACACUGUCCAUUUACUUGGCCGUCAAGGUAGUACACAAGAUAAAACAGAAGCUUCCCCACCUGCAAGCCGUAAAAAAUCAAAACUGGUUACUCAGGACAAGAGGGAACAGAAAAUUAAGAGGUUUAAAGGUGAGGAAUAUUUAACCAACAAAGGAAAAGUCAAGUCAAAGGGCGCUAGGGGAGCUUUAAAAAAAAUUAAUUCCAGUGGUAUACUUCAUCCAGAUAUGAGAGGAAAAAAGCACCACCAAAUAAAAUUAAAAGAGAAGAUGAUACUUUCAUUAGGGAUCACAUACAUUGCUUUCCAAGUGUCGAGUCCCAUUAUUGUCGUAAAAAAAAAAAAAACAGAUCUAAAUGCUGUAUUCGUUAAAACAAACCAUGAAGAAACGACACCCUUUGUCAAAUAUGUACUUAAACUACAACAAGGUCGUCCAUCAAACUUUGAACCAGCUACACCUUAUACUAAUCCACUCCCCAUUUCCAUUGCCAAAUACAGAGACCUGAAAAAGUUAUGCGAAGAUCUACAGAUUCCACAUGCAUACCAUGGAUUUUAUGAAAGCCUUCCUACCCAAACUCUUAUAAGGGAUACUCUGCCUGAACUAGAUAGUUCAGAAGAAUCUGAAUAUGACGAAACGAUAUAA